UGCUUUUUAAUUUGCAAACGUGCAUGAUGGAUAAUUUCGAUACUGAAAAAUUUAUUAUUGAUAUUCAAAAUAGACCAUCAAUUUGGGAUAGUUCCUCAGCAGAUUACUCUAAUAGAGAUUUGAAGAAGAAAUGUUGGGAAGAAAUUGUAGAUUUAUAUGGAGGAGAGGGGCAAACAGUUGAACAAAAAAAAGACUUAGGUUUGUUGUUGCAAAAAAGGUGGAAAAGUAUAAGAUCAUGCUAUGCUCGGGAAGUCAAAAGACAAAAAAAUUUAAAGUCUGGUUCUGGAGCCACUAACCGCAAAAGCGAAUACAUAUACUUUAAGCAGUUGCAGUUUCUACAAAAAGUAGUAGCUAUCAGAGAAAAAGAAGAUGACGAAGAAGAAAAUUCGGAGAGCACUGAAGUACGUGAGCGUCCUAAAGAAAAAGCUACCAUCAAACGUAAACGGCAAUUGGCUGAAGAUGAUGAUCCCUUUGUACGAGCUCUAAAUAAUUCUAUUGAGCAGAGACAACGUGAGACAUCAGAGCAGAUACUACGUGAAACAGCAGAGACCGAUGAAGAUCGAUUAUUUCUGCUAUCAUUGUUAAGCACACUAAAAAAUCUGCCUGUUCAAGUUAAAAUGGCUACCAAGAUAAAGAUGCUAACUUUGUUGAACGAUGCGUCAGAUUAUUCUGGUUACAGGACGUUUGAUUAUGCUGAUCGUUCAUUUCGGCAUACUUCACAAGCUAAUUCAGGUGGUAGACUGGUUAGUCAAGGUAACUAUCAUCCUGGUUCUUCGACGCAACCGCGCACCACGAAUUAUCCGACUGAAACUAUUACAAAUAGUCCUGGAUAUAAUUCUAUGAAUACAAUAAUGUAUAUACGUACAAGUUCUCCAAGCGAUACACCUGAUUCACUGGACUCGGAACCAUAUAUGGAACUAUUUAACACUCAAAAUUGUAGUAACUAACUCCAAAAAAAUGUUCGUGAAUUGUUUGUUCAGUUACAUUCUUUAAUAAAACUUACCUACUAAAAAAGUUCAUUAUUUGUUUUAACUUACCUUAAUGUUACAAAUAACUUUUCUUCGGGACUGAC